CUACGCUAGCGCCUCGCAGACGAAGGUAGCUGCAGUGUUUAAUAAUAGUUUGGCUAUAUUACAAUAUUGCAUUUGCUGAGUUUUGCUUUGUGUAGUCGGGGUUUUGCAAAAGACACCUGUGACGACAUGCACCUCAAUAACCAUUUUGGGUCAGGCGACGAGAUUUCUGAAAGGACGCUGACAUUCUGGGCUAACUCUGCUAGCUGUUAGCGUUGUGUUGUCUUGUCGGAGUGCUACUGUAGCAGUGUUUAAGGAGAUUGGAAUAACUCGGUGGUGUUUGGCAACUGUACGUUAUAGCACGGAGAAGUCUGAGUGAAGGCUGAAAGAUGGUCUGAUGGACCGCCGUUUCUUCCUGACCUUCCUCUUCUGCUCACUGUCGUGGAUCUUCUUCUGGGAAGUGCGCUGGAAGAAAGGAAAAGAGAGUCAGAUCGAGGAAUGGCUCAAAGGACAUAACCUCUCUCAAUACAGAAACUUAUUUGAAGAUGUACACACACUCGAGGAACUGAGUCUGAGUGUUCUUAGUCGUUUGGAAGAGGUGGUGAAGGAACAGCAGCGCUGGAGGGAGAUUGCAGAGGCUCACAUCCAGCUGCUUCGAGACUUUGCCUUCCAGGAGUGGCUUUGCUCCCAGAACCUGGAGCACUAUUACCAUACACUGAAGACCUUGGGUUGUAUGAAUUUGGAUGAUCUCUCUCAGUUUGACAGUCAGCUGCAGCUUUCUUUAGCUGCCUGGGGCUACUACUACGAAGAUUACAUAAAGUUGUCUACAGGCAUCAAGAUCCUCCAGACCUCCAGGGGGAGUCGUGACCAGGACUACGAGAUCCGGCUGGUGCACAGCCUCGCUGAGAGACGUCUGAAUGAGAAGUGGUCAUUUGCGGGAGCUCUCAUAUUUGGCUGUAGUGUGGCACUGUGCUUCUUGAUAAGGGACCUCAUGUUUUACGUGAUUGGUGGAAUUACUGUUUCCAUCAUAGCGUUUGUCUUUACCAUCAAGUUCCUCUGUGAGCUUGCGGCAAGGGUGGUCAGCUUCCUGCAGAAUGAGGAUCCAGGGCGACGCGGUGAUCGUAGCAUCUACGACUAUGUCCGGGGAAACUACCUGGACCCACGCUCCUGCAAAGUGUCAUGGGACUGGAAGGAACCACAGGAAGUGGGACAGACUAUGAGUUUCAGAGUCCAGCUGUUCUACAAGAAUGGUCAGCCUUUCCCAGCACAUCGGCCUGUGGGGCUGAGGGUCAACAUUACCCACAUUGAACUGGCCCUGGACAUCCCUGCCACACAGGAAGUCCUGCAAGAACCAGAGUCGAACGUAGUCAAAGUGGCUUUUACAGUGCGCAAGGCUGGACGUUAUGAGGUUGCGGUCAAGCUGGGCGGACUGAAUGUCGCCUAUAGCCCUUAUUACAAGAUAUUCCAGCCAGGUACAGUUGUUCCAUCCAAAACCAAGAUAGCCUACCAUUUCUCCACCCUGGUGCUAACAAAUGGACAGCGGCACACUUUACAAAUUGAGCCCAGAGACGAGUAUGGAAACCCUACUAAUAACUCCACAUCUCUGACAGAUGAAGCAAACUACAGUGUCCAUGUGCACUCUCUUGGCACAGCAGAUGAUGACAGUCUGGAGGGCCUCUACAGCAAAUCUGUUUCAGUCAACAAGCAGCAGUGCCAGGUUCUGUUGAGACUGACCCUGAAGAAGACUGGCUGUUUCAGGGCUCGCAUCUCCUACAAGGAUCAGCCGCUCAGCAAUGGGGAAUUUGACAUAAUUGUUCUCAGUGAGAAUGAAAAGGCCUGCGUGGAGAAGAAUGUAUCCACUCCUGGCAUAAGCAUCUACUUUGAGGCAUACCUUUACAGUAGUGGGAACUACAGCAGUUCAUCGUGGCAGUUACCAGCCUCCUCUUUGUUGGCUCCCCAGAGGAGGCCCUCUAUGGGAGAAGAGGAGGAUGAACAUGACUCUCCUGUGGAGGGACAACCUGAGAAGGUCAAGAAACCAAAAAAGGUCUACUGUUACAUAUCGCCAAAGCAAUUAUCCGUGAAGGAAUUCUACCUGAAAAUUAUUCCAUGGCGCCUUUUCACCUUUCGAGUAUGUCCAGGAACAAAGUUUACCUAUUAUGGUCCUGACCCAGUUCACAAGUACCUAACUCUAGUAGUGGAUGAUGGGAUACAGCCUCCUGUGGAGCUAAGCUGCAAAGAUAGGAACAUCAUGGCUGCCACCUUCAUUCGCUUCCUGCACAAGAAUAUUGGCGGCUCUGAAACGUUCCAAGACAAGGUGAAUUUCUUUCAGCGUGAACUCAGGCACAUCCAUUCCAAGAGACCUCGCACCAAGACCUGCCUAAAAGUCAGCCGACACGCCAUUCUGGAUUCAUCAUUGAAGGCCACAAGGAACUUCUCAGUGUCUGACUGGAGUAAAAACUUUGAGGUCGUGUUUCAGGACGAGGAAGCUCUGGACUGGGGCGGUCCGCGCAGGGAGUGGUUUGAACUGAUUUGCAAGACCCUCUUUGACACAUCGAAUCAAUUGUUCACCCGCUUCAGUGACAACAACCAGGGCCUUGUACACCCAAAUCCCGAGAGGCCACCCCACUUGCGCCUAAAGAUGUACGAGUUUGCGGGUCGCGUUGUAGGGAAAUGUCUGUAUGAGUCUGCUCUGGGUGGAGCCUACAAACAGCUGGUUCGAGCUCGCUUUACACGUUCCUUCUUGGCCCAAAUCAUUGGCCUGAGAAUGAACUACAAGUACUUUGAGACGGAUGACCAGGAGUUCUACAAAACUAAAGUGUGCUUCAUCCUAAACAAUGACGUGAGUGAAAUGGACCUGGUGUUUGCCGAGGAAAAGUAUAGCAAGUCGGGACAGCUGGAGAAGGUGGUGGAGCUUAUAUCUGGUGGAGCUCAAAUUGCUGUGACCAAUGAAAACAAGAUGCAUUAUCUUAACCUGCUGGCCCAGUACAGACUGGCCAGUCAGGUAAGAGAUGAGGUGGAACAUUUCCUCAAAGGUUUGAAUGAACUGGUUCCAGAAAACCUGCUAGCCAUAUUUGAUGAGAACGAAUUGGAGCUGCUGAUGUGUGGCACUGGUGACAUAAACGUACAGGACUUCAAGGCCCACGCUGUGAUUGUUGGCGGAUCGUGGCACUUCCGAGAGAAGGUGAUGAAGUGGUUCUGGGCGGUGGUGUCUAGCUUCACGCAGGAAGAACUGGCACGUCUUCUGCAGUUCACCACCGGCUCCUCUCAGCUUCCCCACGGCGGGUUCAACACUCUUUGCCCCUCGUUCCAGAUCAUCGCUGCCCCCACACAUAGCACUUUGCCCACUGCACACACCUGUUUUAACCAGCUGUGCCUCCCUACCUACGACUCCUACGAGGAGCUGCACAAGAUGCUGAAGCUGGCCAUCAGCGAGGGCAGUGAGGGUUUUGGCAUGCUCUGACUCUUCCAUCAACUGGCACUGUGGUUUCACACAUACAAGAGACCAGCACUGCUCCACUGCCCUGGUUUCCUGCAUUCGUUCACAUUUAACAGGUGGACUUGUUGGCACUCUCACCCCCUCUAAUAAAUACCCUCUCUCAAGAUGAGCGAGCGUUUCAGGAAGUCCCAGGAGUCUGUGGUGAAUCUCAUAUGAACUCUAGUGCUACUGUAUAUAAAAUAUUCCACUUUUGUAUAAAGAAAAAAGGAAAAACAAACAGACAAAAAUGACAAAAUUCCAACUGCUGAAAAAGGGUGUUUGGACAAUUUUUAUUUCCUGAUGCUAAAGUUUGCUUAGUUUUAUAUGUUUGAGAAACGAAUAAUACUAGAGCAAAGGCCUUGAGUAUAACUGUAUAACUGCUUCUUUGGCAUUUUGCAAACUGAGGAACACUUAAGUGCAACAGCAGCCUACAUGUGACGUGGGUGACAUGUGCAUCUACAGCACUUUGGCCUUAAUCGAUCAGGGACUGAUGUGUGUAUGUAAAUAUUAUAAUAUCACUCUUUAAUUUGUACAUACUAGCGCGUAUACAAAUGUUUUCAUCUUGUUACUUUUUGAUUUAAUAUUUAAGGAGAAGGGAUUUUCUUUACUGUUGCACGUUUGAUGGGUUGAGAUUUAAUAUAAUUUCUACAAGUUUUUUUUUUUUUUUUCCUGUCUGAGCAGAAGUGGGUUUUAAAAGGAGCCAAGUGAUAUUGUUUCUAUAUACAUUUUAACUUAUUGUGUCUUGAAAGUAAAGUUUCUGUUGUCCCUUAAUCUUUGGUUUUUUAUGUUUUAUAAACCUGCCUUAUUCGUGCCCUUUGCCUCUGAUUGUAUCCCGAGAGGUGCGUAGGUGAGAGAAACAUGCUCAACAAUAGUAGGUAAUAGUCAUGUUAUGAUUUUUCUCUUAUUACAUGCAGAGGUUACUGUGGAUGUGAAAGCUGUUUGGGUGUUGGAGGGGUGAGCUCUUGUAUAACAAACAUUUUGUUAUAUAAUGUUUUUGACUGACUCAUUCACAGCCUUUCAUGGGUUUACCUCAGAAUCUCCUUUGCCACCUAUGCAUCCUCUGACACAGGUGUGUAUGUUUUCAUGCACAUGCAUGGCAAACAUGUGCAUACGGUUUGUUCAUAGUUGCCUCCUUCCAGCCCUGACUGUACAACCUUUAGCCAUAUGCUCCAUCAUCCUGUAAGCUAAGCAAAGCAUCUUUGAACAAUAAACCCUGUUUCUUUGUUAUAUUGUUGUAAAACUAUUUAUUUUUAUUGCUGUUAGUUUUGUCGAUAUCCUGAGCCAACAGAAGUGUUUCCUUGUUUAUUUGUUUGUUUGUUUUAUGAAGUUUUUUCUUAUUUAUUAGCACUUCCUUUUGUGUUGCAGAGUUUACAUGGUCAUUGGCCAAUUUGGAAAAGUCUGCUGACAGCUUGUAGAGCAUUUAGGAAAAGUGAUGUUUACUCAUAGCAAAAAGAAAAUGUUAAUAGGUAAUGAUUCUUCUUAGUAGUAUUUUGAUUUGUUUCGCCCCGUAAGCAGUCAAAUUUGACUCAAGAGAUUGAACUUAGUAAAUGGCAAAGCAAUCCCAUUUUGACAGUAGGUGUUGGAUUUAUUUACAUUGGCUCCUCAGUGCCAAUCGAAUGUCAGAGCUUUAGCUGAUCUUACAGUGUUAAA